CGAAGGAGCUAUAGCAUGCAUGCUUUAGAGGAGUAUCGCGCAAUACUUGAACAUGAAGACUACCAGGACCUAUGUGCAAACAGUGACGAUGACUUAUUCAAGAAUCUGGGUGGAAAGUCAAUACCGGGGUUAGUCGGAGUUGGUAAACGAGCUCGACUAUGGCCAUUCUUUCUCGAGAGCAUCGUCGAGGAGGUGGAGCCGUUGGCCAGCAGGGAGGCAUCACCGCUCAUCUCAGCACGACCACGACUGCAACCUGCUCAUCAUCAGUAUCAUUCGCCCCCUCAGCAUCCGACGAUUGAUGUCGAUGACCUCGAUAACAUCUCCGUAGCGACGAAGCCGCGUCGCAGCCACAUCAUCACCAACGCGCGCUACUUUGCGAUUUUAGGGAGCAACGGAAGAUACUCCAUCGUGGUAAAGGAACCACCAGGUGUCACCCACAUCUUGCCAGUGACUAAUAACUCGUUCAUUUAUUGUGAUAACAACAAUACAGAAACGCCUGCAAUCGCGUCUGGGAAGCCGUUAUGCUUAACCGCUCCCUCAACAAUAGGCGGUCCCAAUGUGACGGCCGUCAAUAACAAUAACCCCGCACAGUCGUUGAGUUGUACGGGGCAAAGUACACGGACGACAGCGCCUCAUACAAACUGUGUCAAUAGACGAUCCAUACCGAACGUUAUAACAUUUGGGAAUAUCAACGGCCAUGUUUCGCAUGAUUCAAACGAGGAAAGACGAGUGACAACGCCUGACUCGGAUCCAUAUGGAUAUAUUGGAAAUCUUUCUAGCGAUCAGAAGGAGGAGGAUGUUUUAAGUAAAGCGGAUAGUGAUAUUGUUUGUGAGACAAGUUUGGAAAUUAACAGUGCUAGCAGUGCCAGCGAAAUGUCGUCGUUGUUCGGGCCGAAGCCCCAGAAACGGGUGGUCAUUGUUCGCUCAGUUGGGGCGCAGAGAAAACAUGACGAAGCUGAUGCGAGAAGGAGAGACGGUAAGGAUACGAAGAAGAGGAAAAAAGCGGUUAAAAUUGCCGUGAUGGAAGAUGAUCCUAACGCUCCUGUGCCUAAAAGUAUCCUGAAAAACAUGAAAGCAGACAAAAGUAGACAGGGUACAAAAUCACAGGAAUCACUGGAAAGGAUUGAUAAAUUAUUUUACGGUCCCUUUGAAAAAAAUGGUAAUUUUAUGCGUGAUCAUGGAAAUGUUGGUAUGCAACCCAUUUAUGCUAAUGUUGGUCGAGGAGGAACGCUUAGGAGAGGUUAUAGCAAUAACGCUACUGAAGUUGAAGGGAGAUAUCCCUCACCUAUCCAAUAUUCUGAAAUACAACAUAGGAAUGGGAUGGAGGAUGACGAGUCGCAUUAUAAACAUCCAAGGAAAUAUGUUGGGCAAGCUGAUGUGCACCACCAAAGGGGUCAGCUAAAUGGGGGUGGGUUGCACCCACCUCAUUCGCCAGGGAUGCGUCGUGGCCCCUCCCCAGCUGUGUCUCAACAAAGCUUAGCAUCUACGGUGUCAAUACAGGCACCUUCAGUGCAGGGUUUAACACCCGAGGAGCAGCAGCUGAUUUUCAAUCUCCGCCAUGAGAGGAGCGCCCCGCCAGGGGGGCAAGGAGCGGGGCAAGGAGGAGCCCCUCUGGUGUUCCCUCCUGGAAUGAAUGACGCCACAAGUAGACAUUCAAUUUCAUCGACGUCUACGCUGCAUAGUCAGAAUGAAGCACACCCUCGAGUACCGCAUCGUCAAAUUCCUCACCAGAGGCAAAAUCCAAGAGAAGAUCCAAGAGGAAUUCCUCCCUCAACCCUUCCCCGAGGAGGAACUCUUCCUCGGGAAGGAACGAUUCCGCGGGAAAUGAGACAGAAUGUUUUGGCUGCCCCUCAGCAACCCCAAAGGGAUAAUAAACAGAGGCAACAAGACAAACACUUUCAAGGCCACCCACAACAUCCACAACAGGCACCAAGCAGAGGGGUUCCACAGAGUCGUCAGCAGCAACAACACUCUCGGCACCCUCCACACAUACAACAUCCGAAGCAACAUUCAAGAUCAAUGGGUGGUGACAAUGUGCCCCCUCCUUUGCCUGAUCGGGAUCCUAGAGGGGUAAGGAGAAGGGUUCAAAGUCACCCCGAGAAAAAACAUGUGCAACCACAAUUUGAGUCACACUAUGCUGUGGGAGAUGUCAGAGUUCAUCACCCAGGCAGGUCACAACCCCAAGCUGCUCCCCAUCAGCCACAGCAACAGAGGCAGCAACAAACCCAGCACCGUCAACGACAGCAACAACAUCAGCAACAACAUCAGCAACAUCCACAACAUAACCAUCAACAGCAGAAACAUCAACCGAACCGUCACCAACAGCAGCAACAAUAUCCUCACCAACAACAGGAGGUGAAGCAACAUUCUUUACCCCGAAAGACUCAACAAGAUAGGAUGAUCCAGCAGCAACAUCAAAUGCAGCAACAAGUUGCUCCUCUGUCAGGUUCUCACAACCAAGGUGUUCACGAAUCUAAAACAAAUAGUUUGCCAAAUAUGGCCUCUGGUAGGCAAACUCCACCCACUUACCAGUCACAGCAAAGGGAGAAAGAGGUUAUUCCGACACAAAAAGACCUGUUUCAAAAAUUGCUGCAACCGCCAAUUCCAGCAAAACGUACUUCUCUUGGCAUCGACAACAAGUCUGACCAGGACGUUUCAGGUUCCUCCAAAAGCAGUGACAGUGGCUACAAUCCGCCUCCCACCAAAAUGAAAGAAACUUGUUUUUAUUGGGAGCCUGGUGAGGAACUAGAACGUGAACGUGACAUGAAAUUCGUCAGACAGGAAUCAGCGAAAGUAGCCACUGAAGUGAAACAGAAGAAGAUUAAAGGACGGAGAGCUCAGAGGCUAGCAAAUGAAGGGAACAUCCAAUUACAAGGAGCAGAAAACAUACAACCCCAGCCUAAGCCAAAGCCUCGGAAAGGAUUGAAGGAAACUACUCUGGGCGCAGAACCCCAGUCUCAACCGGCAAGGCCAGAGCCUCAGCCCGCCAGACGAGAGCCUGAACCGAUAAGGCAUGAAGAGCAACAUCCAAGAGUCGAAAGAACAACGCCAGGAGUAGACACUUUUCAAAUCACUUCUGCACCACAUGUGAGAAGGCGCAUACAAACCCAGUUAACAGAGGCCUAUGAAGAUCCACAGCAACAGCAGCAGACACAACAAAAUCAACAAAGGCAGCAACAUCAACCUUCACAUGUGUUGCAAGAACAGCAACCAAAUCUUCAACAUCAAGCCCCUAGGGAUGAGAGCCAUAGACCUCCGCCUCAGCAUGCAUACUUCUCUCUGACGGGGAGGGUGAGUGCUAAUAGCUUGGCUGAGCCAUCUGUUAUACUACAGAGUGAUGAUGAUGAUAACUUCUUCCGUGAUUCCGACGAUGAUAAUAGCAUGCUAUCCAUCAUCGCUUUGGAUAAAGAGCCUCGAGUGAGAAGUGGGAGACGAAAGCGUGAUGAAAACACCAAUAUUGUGAUACAUGUAGAUGAUCAGCAAGCUAGGGCGCCGGUUACCAGUAGGGGAUAUAUAACCGGCAAGGAGACGGUUUUCUCUGCAGAACCCGACACCGAACCGAAUGAAACCGAGUCUGAGUCGAGUGAUCCGGAAAUGGAUGAUGACUCUACACGAAGGGGAGCUAACCGAACGCCAUCCUCAGAAGAUGAAGAUGAUGAGCCCUUGCCCCUCGCCCAGCCAUCCUUUCAAAUAAUCCGUUAUCCACCUGCCAUGUCACCAGCAGUGUCUUACACAAGAUCAGACUUGAACCUUUCCGGAAGAGAAGCCGGAAGACAACCCAACGUUAGCGCUGAUGCAUUCACUAAACACUCGCUGCCAGGCAGAGUCUUUUAUCAUUCCAAUACUUGCCGCACUGUUGCACAGUCGAAAUCUGAAUCUGAUCUUUCUUUCAAGAGUGCUCAACCUACUUCAAGCUUUCAACCUGCCCAAAGCUUGCAACCUGCCCAAAGCUUUCAACCUGCCCCAAGGACAGAACUUUCCCCGCCUCCGUUGUCCUCGUCCACGGCACAGACAAGUCGAACCAAAUCCGAAUCGAAUUUGGCUGUCCAAAUCACGUAUGAAGACUUCCCAGCCGAGAUGAUGUCAACGGGGGUUCAAACUCGCCCGAACCACGAUUUCAGCUCUCAAGUUGAUCUUGAUCUUAUCAUGUAUGAAACGUCAUUGGAACCGAAACCUAACUCUAUUUCGAUUCAGACAUCAAAUGAAGAGCUACGUGACCCUAGCCCAUCUGAUGCCGCUGUCGGUUCUCCGCCACCCCAGACAAUGCGAACCGAAAUCCAGACUGUGGAAACCGAAAUUCAAACCAUGCAAACCGAAGCCGAACCUGUAAAAAAAGAAAUUCAAACCAUGGAAAUUGAAAUACAAACCGACGAUCUGACCCAUGAUAUGGAUAUUGAACCGACUUCCGAGCCUCGUAAAGUUGACACAGAAUCUGCGGAAUGCCAGACUGCUGAUUUACCGCGUGAGGUUCAAUCAUUAGAGUUUGGAGGGGUGACGACAAAAUUUGUUGACAUGGGAAUGGCUCGACCAAGGGUUCAUUUUGAUGCUGAACCAGCAGAACCGGAUAACCCUAUAUACGAUUACAGUUCACCAACUUAUGAGAUGAAUGAGGAGAAGGAGUACCAUCAACCUCCUCAUGAAAUACACAAUUAUUCUCCACCAGACCACGAAAUGCAGUCACAGACACAGACACACAAUGCCAGUGAAUCUGCAUCAUAUUCUGACGAGGAUGAACCUGUGGAGGCGCCUAUGGAUAAUAAUGAGUUUCCUCUGCCUCCCGAAGUGAUGCUGAUGCAAGCUAUGCCCGAACCUGUAGAUGUCGUUUAUUACAGAGAAGAUGAUGAACUGCCGGUUUAUCCGACACUCGAAACAAUUCCAGAAGAAUCCGAAGCAGGCUAUUCCAGAGAACAUAGCACAGUUACUGGGACACUGUCAUAUACAAGUGAUGGUGAUGAUUACCAGAGGAGUCUCACCGACCAACAUGAGGACAGCGACGACGACGAUGAUGAUGAAAGCAGCGAAAGUGAUGAUGAAGAUGUUGAAACGGAAAGGACUUUAGAAAAUGAGGAUGAGGAUAAUGAAACCAUACACGUAAUGCCUGCAUAUUCUUCAAUCCAACCCUAUCGAGGAGAUGCGGUGCGUGUGUAUGUCCCAAGUAAUUCAUCAUCUUUCGAAGAUGUGAGCAGUGACAUCACCCUGGAGCCUGAAGAUGGUAGCAAAGCCGGUGUCAGCCCUGCAGUGCAAGUCGUUGAGAUGCCUUACAUUGGGACACCCGUCUAUGAAGCUCAACUCAAAGAUCUCAGCUUUAACUCUCAACAUGAAAAACCAACACCAUCUGUAGGCGACAGACAGUUGUAUAACAAUAGCAUCACACCCACAUCAUCGUACGAAUCAACAUCGACUGGUGCAGAUUGGCCAGGUGGGGAUGGCUUCACAGCGGGUGUCCAAGCGAAGAAGGAAACCCUCAUUGAUGACAGGUUUGAUCCUGAACGUGAAGAAGUAGCACCUGCUCAUAGAACAUUUACAUUAGAAGAUUAUCAUCAUGGCCAGCCAAACGAAUGGAACAAUGGGUUUGAUAGGAGAGGGCCCAGUGACAGCAAAAUGGUCGAGAUUGUUGAACUUGAGCAGGAGCCCAGGAUGUGGGGGCAAUACCCUAGCGACCAUGAGCGAUCUGAGUUUACUAGUGAUGAUGUAAGGAGUAGCGACGAAACCGUCAUCUCUAACAAGCAAUCCAAAGAAACGGACAUCCCUUAUCACUUUGAGAAAGAAUAUUUGCUUGAGCUGCCAUCAACGAGGAAUUACGUUCCUAAAGCUGAUAUUCCAAGUGAAAUGCCUGGAGAAAAUUCUGUACCUCGCGUGCAACCUGAAAUUGUUGAUACCAAGCAAUUCCCUGCUGAUGAUCCAAGUGAAGAGGAAACGAGACAAAAGGAAGAUCCUUUUUAUGAGCUAACAAAAGACGGCUACAUCGAAAGAGAAGAAAAUGAGGUAGAAAGUGAAGAGGAUAAUACUGCUACGGUGGAUGAAAACGCUCCAGUUGUCACAAGGACUGCUGGAGGGGCUUUUGUGAUCGGACUAUGGGGACAUCAAACAAAGCCUGCUCCACCUGUAUACCAACACGAUGAACACGAACAUGAACCCCUGCCAGAACCUGAGUAUAAUGCUGAACCAGAAUCCGGCUUUGAAUCGGAACAGGUGUCAGAACCGGUGUCAUCUGUCGACAACGAACCGGUUAAAGUCGUUGAUUGCCAACCGGUUAGUGAAUCACGCGGGGAAAAUGAAGAUGUUAAUCCUCAAUAUCAGUCAUCUUCUCACAAUGGAUAUGGAUAUGAUCAUCAGCCGCAGCCGUUUAAUCAAGGACAGUCUCAGAAUAUUCAGCAACAAGAGAUACCAUAUUACCAAGACCAGUCCAAAGAUUUUGAGAAACAAGCAAGUGAAGCAGCUCCAUAUCAAGGCCAAUCGCAGAUAAUUCAGCAAAAAGUGACAACAUACUAUCAAGACAAGCCCCAACAUUUCCAGUAUCAAGCAACGCCGUAUCAAGGCCAGUUGCAGAAUAUUCCGCAACAAGAGACACGAUACUAUCAAGACGAGCCCCAAAAGUUUGAGGAUGAAGCAACGCCGUAUUAUCAAGACCCAAACCAAUAUUUUGAGCAACAGGAAACGCCAUAUUACCAAGACCAGUCCAAAGGUUUCGAGCAACGAGCAACGCCAUAUGAUCAGGACCACACCCAAAUUGUUGAGCAUCAUCAAGGCCAACCUAAAAACUUCGAGCAACAAACGACGCCGUUUCCUCGAGACCCCACCCAUAAUUUAGAGCAACAAGCUACGCCAUACAAUCAAAACCAAUCCAAAGAUUUUGGGCAACGGGCAAUGCCAUAUCAUCAAAACCAGUCUCAGAAUUUUGUUCCCGACAAAGAAGGAUCAUCAUACACAUUUGACAAUGAGCCGCUCUUUGAUUGGACGAAACAAGAGUACGCAUCUACGCCAUCUAAAAGCCCUGAAGUGACCCAACAAGGAGAAGUGGUUGCAGAGCGUCUUGAACCGGUGAAGAAAAAUAUCAGUUUGUUUCAGAGUCUUGAAGAUAGGCCAAUCAUCGAUACGAGUAUGCCAAUACAAACACCAGAGCCUAAUCUCGAAGCAAACUUGGACUCUGAACCCAAUAUACAUAUUGAGGAUGAUGUAAGGGAAAACCAAUUCAGCUCGUCUGAGAAUGAAGAUUCUUCUAGUAGUGAGGAGGAAAGUGACGAGGAUGAGGAUGAUGAUGAUGAUGACAACGAUGACGACGAUGAGGAGGAGGACGAAGAUGAAACUAAAGUCGUGUCUCCAUUGAAGAGGGAGCAGAGCUUUGUUAAGAAAGCUAAGAUUGUCCAAAGCGAUGACGAACUCUUGGACGAUGUCGGCGAGAAUGAUAGACAUGAAGCGGCGUCGCCACCAUCGUCAUCUUCGGGACGCGAUCCCUCUCCCGAUCCUAUUGAUUUCAUGAAUUCUUACCAACAGUUUGUGACCCAAAGGUCCAAGAGUGGCGAGGUCUCACCAGCCAAACCAAAAUUGCAAAAACCUUCAGGUAGAGCUGGUCCCCCGCCUGUGCCACCUAAACCAAGCUCAUGGAAGUAUUCAUCAAGUAUUUCAUCACGUGAUGCGAAUACCCAGCCGAUGCAUUCGUCACCCUCUGAUGCUAAAAUACCUAGCUCCACCACUUCAGCUUCUACUACGCAUGCUCCGUCUCCAAGUGACGCUGUUCCGAAGCUAAUCGUCAGCGAACCUUGCCCGCCUGAUAAUGACGCUGUCAAACAAGGGCAGAAUCAACAUGCGAGAGAUAAGCCUUUGUCUGGAAAGGAGGCUAGUGAGAAAACUCCAGUCGAUUUGGGCGCUCGAGAUCGCCGAUGGUCGGCCGGGGAUACCGACGACGUGUUUAUGGAAACCUCGCUGGCAGACUGGAGAUCAGAAAGAGUACUUGUCGUCACCGAGACUGAGCGGACCGAGGAAAUAAUCAGUGAGCGAACUAUUCGACCGAAACAAAGAGAUGAUCAGUUUGCAAAACAACCCGACAAAAAGGACUUGCCUCCCAAGGUAUUCAUUGAAGAGAAAAAUAAACAAGAGUCAGUUUGCACAGCAGAACAACCGAUUUCAGUAAAAAGAGCCCCCCGUUUAGCUCCUAUUCCUAAUUUGCGGCUUUCUGUGAGUGCCAAGGACAAUCUUGAUGUCAUUGCGGAUAUUAUAGCAGGCAGAUCUAGUGAUAAUUCGAAUAAACAACCAACUUCUCAAGUGGAGUCGGGUGACGAGUAUGCAGCCGGAAAUACAAAGGAUCAUAAAGUUAUACAACCAUGGGAGGAAGCUACAAAUAGAAGUCCUGAUCCGAGACAUUCUACAUCAGCUCAUGAUUCUGAUACCGACAGUAUUACAACUGAGCUCACUGUACCGUUUGAGGUAGCAAGACGAAAGGGUAAACGCUCUCUUACUCCGGGACCAAAUCUCGAGUACGAUGCGGAUGCUACUCAGUCUGACUGGCGAGAAAGCUCGGGUGGUGUGAUUGCGAAGCAACUCGCUCGUAUGAGGGAAACUCUGAAGCGCAUGGAACUGCCCACUUGGUAUCGAAAAUCAUCGCAUUUCAAGCAGAUUAUGAGCGGAGAUAUUCGAAGUCUCCCCGCGUAUCGUAAUCACAAACCCCGUCAGAUUAUGAGUGGACCUCCUACUCCAACUGGACAUCGUUUCUUUGCUCAACCCACGAGCUCGACAAGGAUGUCGUUCACGCGAGAGGCCCGACUUCGGACUGGGUUUUCUCCGGCACCCAGUGUCUCCCCAUCCGUCCCAGUGCAUUCAUCCUGGUCAUUUUCUGAAUUGCCCAUCGAUUCAACGGAGCCGACGCCAGGAUUCCAGCCGAUUACGUCGUCUUUUAGUGCCCCCCUCCGACAUGACUUGUCUUUCAGCAUCGGUGACGAAAUUCAUAAAGAUGUGAGGACUAGUGAGUUUGCCCUGCCAAUGAACCCAGCCCUUUAUAGGCGAGCUUCUCCUGAUGAAGAUAUUCAUUCCGCGGAGGACUUGGUUGGAGGGAACCAGGAGGAGUACAUUCUCCCAGUUCAUGGUGAUAGAGAAGAAGCAAAAAGAGAGAGGAGUAGAUCGGUGGGUGAUGAGGAAGAUCCUUAUGAGUAUGCAGUGCAAAAGGAUGAGCGAAUCGGUGGAUCGGCUAUGUUUUACAUCUCAGCAGUGAGCACCCAACAACAAGAGGCGUGUGUGUCCCCACCGCUUCCAUCUCCACCACCACCACCACCACCACCACCGCCACAAGAAUACUACAGUUCAGCCACCUCAAGCUCGCCCCUUCCACCACCUCCCCCACCAGAAGGAUACUACAACAGCCGGGACAGCUCUCCCCUUCCACCCCCUCCACCACCUGAAGUUAACAUAAGAGAUAACUCCUCACACCCAGCUACUUCUUCAAGUUCAGCUAGUUCCCCUAUUGACUACCAUCACCAAAGAGAAGUCGACAUUGACCACUCCCGUCGUCAACCAUAUGAGUACUCUGGUUACCAUGGAGACGAUGAAGCUACAUUACCCAGAAAUAUGAACACUGACACUUACUAUAAUAAUAAUAAUGGCAAUAACAAUAAUGAAUGGAACCAAGCGUCGCAGUAUUCAAGUCGAGAUAUACCCCUCUUGCACUCGCCAACGAAUCAUGAUCAACGAUAUUUCGCUGGAUCUUCAUCGCCCUCGACGAUGAUCAGGAGUUCGAAUCCCCAAAUCACCGCCUCACUCGUCAACCAACCCCAUAUCACCGUCACCGACACCAGCGCUGACCAAUACGAUGUCACCGUCAGCGCUUCAUGGGAUCAACGUGCGAUGUCGUCGAGUUUCCAAAACCUGGACGACGCCCGAUACGCCGGCGGCGUCCAACCCCCUUCCGUGACCAUGGAAGAGAUAGUGGAUAGUCUGCUAGGCCUAUCCACCAGUCGUUCUCCCAGUAAUUCAUUCACGGAGUAUUCCUCCUACAUGGACGCCUCUUCGAUGUCGAUGACGACCACGUCGGACCAGUCGGUGAGUGAGAGCGACAGCUCGCUGGAGACGGUGAUCUCGCAGGACGACGUCGAGGCGAGGGAAAGGAAGGUGGCGAGUCAGAGGGUGACGUCAGGAGGGAAGAGGAUACUGAAGUCCAUCGUGAUCAAUGAUGGACAGGAUGACGAGGCGAGGAAUAUAACCAGGAGUCGAGGAGGACUAUCAGACAUAUCGGAAGAGGUAAUUAUGGUGAAGUGCAGCUACAAGAGAUGCAGCAAGAUCAGGGAGCUUCGGGAAGCCCGGAAGACCUACAAGACCUGCCACAACUGCUACACCUACUACUGUUCACGGGACUGCCGCAAGGCCCACUGGGGUCGCCACAAGAAGAAGUGCCUGUACGGACGCGUCAACAGUCUCUGCAAACAUGUCAUUUACCACAGUCGGUACAAUGAGACCUUACAGGAAGGGUUGUCCAAGAUCGCCAGGAAUGGCUACUUUGCUCACGGGAGAGGCGCGGUGCUGCUCGCUUUCUCGAGUGUGGAAGAGGCGUAUAGGUACAUCACCAAAGGCCUUGACCAGUUGAGCACAGCGCCUGUUUUUCUGUCAGCUCGGGAGGUAGAAGAAUGCGGGGAAGGUCGAUUCAACUCUCUCCAGCAGACCUGCUACCAAUACGACCCAGAGGUCAAGUUUGUUCUUAACGUGUCCAUUGUGGCCAGCCAGGACUCGCCCACAAAGCCGUUGCCAAGGAGACCGGACCUCAUCCUCCGAAAAUGUGCCAAAGUUCGCCUGUACGAGGGAAUCGGGCGAGGGGUCAGCGGCCCCGGAGUUGAUCGCGAGACGCUGAUCUUGACUGCCCCACCCGGUGUGACGUCGGAAGGGGGACUGGACAUGAAGGCUAGGCAGGUGUGCUUCGUGCAUAUUCAACGUCAGUUACGCCAACGCGGGGUUAGUCUCCGACACCAGUUCCCAGUCGUUUAUGAAAAAUUGUGCCGUUGGGUGGAGCAGAACCAGCAUAUCACGCCUGUGACCAUCUACCCGCGCGACGGGAAUACUGGAAAGACCUUCAUGUGCCUCAUCGUCCCCGACACCGAUCAGGACACCAUCGAAUGGGUCCAGAACCCAGAGAUCCUCGAGACCAUGGACUCCGUCGAGACCGUCGACCUCGAUGCCGAGAUGGAGAAGGUUGAGAGAGCCGUGAGCAAUGUCGCGUUAUUGCAGAUGACCGUGUGAACACAUCCGUUUUAGUUUUCGAGAACUGAACUAUUUUGAAGAAAAACAGUGGCGUCUGAAAUGACUUAUCAUUGAGCAUUAUGGUGGCUAUUCUAGCUUAAAAUCAGUAUACCUCAAACCCGAAGUAUUCUACCAAAGAAAGAAGAAAGAAAUGCGUCCAAACUCCAAAUGAUAGUGCGGACACGUUUGACCGAGUUUAGAGAGGACAACAGUGUAGUGGUCCUCUCUAAUACAGUACUGUGGAGAAGUUUACAAAAUGGAUAAAGCACUUUCAAAUUCCAAUGAACUUGUAAGGAGCAGUAUGAAGCAGUGAUAAUACAUUGAUUGUGGAAUUUUAUUGUUCUUGAAAUUGGAUCAAAUCAUAAUGCACAAUUUUGGACAAUGUUAUCGCUGAUGAUAUGUGCAAGCUGUUGCGAUACGUUAUCUUCUGGUGAACUCUUACGAGACUAACAAAUAUGAAAUGAUCUUGCUGUAUCUCUUGAAGUCUGAAGCUCGACCGAACAAAGAAAAGAAGACAGUUUUUUAUUUGUGUUUUUAUAAUUGUAUGUGUUUUGAAGGACCUAUCAACAGAAUUCUUUCACCGAUACCGCUUGUGUUUUUCCCGUCUUUCACUUAAAAUAUGGUACUGUACAGACAAAUCUGCACGUAAAAGGAUUGUAAAUAUUUCUUCGCAGUCAAACCAUUGCCAAGUCGUUAUCCUUUGAUUUUAUUCAUUUGUGGAGUCUUGAGGAAUUCGCAGUAUUUUGUGCAAGUUUGACAAUUUCUUCGUACCUAGAAGAACUUCGUCACCAUGCAUCUUCGGUAUGGACCGUUCUCUGCUAUGCCUUCAGUGAGUACUGUGCCUGUAUGAUCUUUUGUUAUUUGAAAAAAGAAGGAUUUUUUUGUUAUAUUGAUAACAGCAGUUAUCUCUUUUAACUUGUAUGCUCAUCUAAAGUGUGAAGUUUAAUAAUUAUCUUGGAUGAACCAGCUGAAAUGGGAAGACAUUUCUAUGUGUGGAAUCUACUUUGACGACCCGGAAAAUUAAUGUCGGCAAUAUGCCGUCUGAAAUGUCAAACCUAGCCCGAAGGAUCCCAUGGCAUUCAUGCAUCGCAAGGAUCAUUUGUUUUGGGUGUGCACGAACCGUGAAUGAAACGUGAAAGAAAUAUUAAUAUCGCUUUCUUCAGCUCUAAAUACAACAUUACCACAUCAUGUCCUUGCUUUGGACCAUUACGUUAUGUUUUUUUGCAGUGAUUUAUUUGCCAAUGUAGUAAAAGCGAGGCAUCGUAGUAAUUGUGAUUGUUCCAUUGCGCAGUUCGUAAUUGGACUAUAAUCGAAACUUCAGGAACAGACGACAAAUAUUCUUUAAUCGCGAACAUAAAUUAUGAACUAAUGAAAAUGGCAUCGUUCUUUAUAAACUCAACCAUUCUGAUGUGUAGCUAUGGACGUAUACGCAGUGAAAGAGGAAUUACUUUGCUUCGAAAGGAAUAUUUUUCUUCACAUCGCAAUCUCUUUACGACUGUGUCUGCAAAAUAACCAUGACAUUUCAUUACAAACGCGGGAUCAAAGUUUUCAUCUUACGACAGUUAAACCCCCAUUCAAGAAAAUAAUUGACAUACGUCGGACCGUAUUACACUUGGAUCACUUUGAAUGAGGUAUUUAGAAAGAAAUUAUUUUCCCACGCUUCAUAAAAAGAGCGGACAACAAAUAUUUCUAUACCAAGAAGUCAACAAAAUAGCGAGUUCAUGACACAGUUUCUUGCCCAUUCUGUAUUUCACACACAUCACAAAAGGAAUUUAGAGAAAUCUUCACUGAACACGGUUCCUUUAAAUCUGCCCGUAACCCGCCAUUGUGACUGUGCAUUCGAAUCGGUACUUAUUCUUGUUUGCAUGAAUAACUGUACUUUGGAUCCAUACAGUGUCGCACAACAGACAGAAUGGUCUCUCUUUUUUUCGUGUUGUAUUAUCGCUCGCUUUGUCAGGCAACUUGUCUGCCAACCGUCGCACACAGAAGUGUCCUACUUGAAGAGAAGUCAUGCUGAUCACGUGGUGAUGAUAAGCUACUUGUAAAAGAAACCCAUUUUAUCUAUGGAUGGAUAAAACUCCUGUUCACGGAGUCUACAGGACACCAACGGUAAUGGUGUCUGCAAAUUAUCACGCCAAAGAAAAUUUUCAUGUAAAUUAGAAGUGUUCCCGUUUCACACCUUUACCCGAAGUAACAUUUUACCAUACGGAAUAAAAUGAAAAUAACCCUAUCAAUACUGCACAUAGUGAAAAAUUGUACUUGGCUUAUGACUUCACGCGAAUAGAUGUUGUAUACACAUGGAAAUUGCCUACAUUCUGGAAUAUCGGGCACAUGAACUCUUAACAUAAAUUGGAAAUCAUGAAGUAAUAAUACUGGUUGGAUGUGACAGUUGCGCUAGUAGCCCAUAAGUUUGGACUCUUCCUCGAUGAUUCGGAUUCAUAUUCAACUUGUUAAAAAACCUCCUAAGCAAUGAUAUAUCAACACGCUUCAUUCUACGAAAAGACAUUCACAUCACGCAAUGGACACAAAUCGCGUCCCGUUUAUCAUCAUGGACUUCUUGUUUUCCUCUACGGACCGUACGUGCACUGUAACUAAACGCCAUUUGACAAGGAGUAACAUUGCAUGUCUGUCCAUUCCUACUGCGGGUCUUCAUCAGCGCACAGCAUGUGACCGUGUGCAUCUUGUCACACCCACGGCUUCUCCUGCUGAUACGAGAUCAUGAUGCUGCCUAGCCGUUGUCAUGGUGACCGACAUCUUCAUCCAUGCAGAUUUCAGAUGAGAUGCUGAUGAUGGGAUGCUGCUGUCCGUUGCUCCGAUGGAUGCAUUGAGGGGCGUGGGUGUUCAGGACAUUCGUCACAAGAUUUCCUCGUGUUCAUGCUCAAUCUACUUGCCCAUGACAUCAGCUCGAAACGGGGAAAGCAAGGAUCAUCAUCAUCUCCUUCAAUUCAAGCAGCCAAGAUUUUAACGACGCCAUUUUGUAAAUUUCUGAUCAACGUAUAUGAAUGGCUCUAACCAUACACACAAAGAGCUUAUAACUGGUAUGAAAAUUAUACGAAUACGCAGGGGAUAUGCUUUUAUCCAUUCAUUAUCUAUCCUUAGUUAUUCAUCGGGUUCUAACGUCGUGGUCGGUAUUGCCAGGCACAGGCGUCGCCGCUCUACUAAGCCAGCGACCCCGGCAACGUACAAUCUCAGAUUUUAAAGAAAAUGUUGAGUUCUGGAAAAAAGUGAUAUAUCAUUUCUGAGCUUUCUCUUUCAUUUGAUGUCAGUUUGGAAGAAUAUCAUUGGAGAAAUGCCUCCUGAAAAGGAUUACUCUUCAAAUCCCUUCAUGAUUAUUUGAAAUAUAGCAAGAAAAAGCUGAAAAUUGUGUAACAAAAUGUCUGUGUGUAGUCCCAUAUACACUUUUCUGUGUGCAUUACUUGUGACCUUCAGCAUGACCGAGUCGAUUUAUUCUUAUUUUGUUGAUUAAACAACCUCACACUGUAUACCAACUAUUAUGUGAUACAGAAUCAACCUCUUCACAGCGUUGCUUCCGCAUACUUUCCCUCACAAUGCAAUCGCAUGACCAUAACUCAACGUUUUCUUUAAAGCAGAAGAGAGAGACGUCGAGCGUCAAAGCUAGUUGUUGUCAUGGUAACAUGCAUCUUUAUGCGUCCCUUAACCUCGCUCGAGAAGAUUUCCCGCACAGUGGAGUUGACGAAACCACGAAUAGAGUGCAUGAAUUAUGAGUGAAGUAGAGAACGAACGCGGUCAUCAUGUAGUGGGUUCUUGGAUGCACAUUUAAGAUAACCAUCGAAUAGGUUCGCAUUACGUUGUAUUUUAAUUAUCAUGGGCUAUGCAUCGUGCAUGGUACCUUUCCCAAUACACUUUUCAGGUAAACAUCUAAAUUGUGUUCUAAGCUCUUUGAGCCAUUGAGUAAUGCAGACCAUUAGCAGAUCCUGGAUGCUCUGAUAUGGCCAACUAUACAAUCAUUAUCUUGCUAGCACAAAGAAACAUAAAAGAUAAUCAUUUUGGUGGGGGGGGGGGGGGGGGUGAUCAUACAUGCCCCCUCCCCCCCCCCCUUUCGAUCAUACUCUGACAUGACUUAAAAUCAUUAUCAAAGAGAAUCAUCAACGUAUCAGCUUCCGAACACCCGGCGAGCCCUGUGUGAUGGUAAUCUCAUGAGAUUCGCAUCUCAGAUUAAUGAUAUGAUAUCGAUGUAUAUUAAUUUCAAAGCAUAUUUUGAUAACAUAAUUAUGACGGCGAUAUUGCCUACAAUCUUUAUGAUCUUCCCAGGGGGUUCAUGUCGUACGUUGAGCACAUGAAUAUUCCAUUAAAAAAGCUUACUGACGCUUGCUAUUGACUACAUUGAAUAAUUUGUGAGUUCAUGAUGAUUUUCGGCUAGGGAGUGCCUUGGAUUCAAAGGUGAAUUAAUCAUUUGUAGAUUGAAAUUGGUUUUGCUCACGCAUACAGUUUCUGCAUGAGGUAAUUAGGAGAUAACAUGGUACCGGUGAUCAAAAGUGUGAUGUUUAUAUGAGUUAUUUCGUGUCAUUCAUAAUCAUAAAGAGACAAAAACUGAACGACGAAUUGAUCAUUUUGCAUAAGGGCACAUUUGGGUCUAAUUAAUCUACCAUCGAAUUAGAAGAAAAA